UUCAGUUCAUAUACUUUCCCAGAAGAUUACUACGAGUAUUCUCUCCAUCUAGGUUCUCUCAGACGAAUUAAAAACCUCAUCUCUUUGAAUGAAUACCAGCCAUUAUCAAGUUCCUUGUUCUCUCGUCGCUCUGUUAUAUUGAAGAGUUCUCCAGGCCAACCCGUCCAGCCCAUGCAGCCAAGUCUUAUGUCACAUUUUGAGCCAUUCAUAUACAGUCCAAAUGGAUUGGCACUUCCACACAAGUACGAUAAAUCAUAUUCAUCAUAUUCAUCCCAAAUGUACCACCACGCUCCUCUUCGUAGCUUGGCGCAGUCAGAAUUGUCG